CUGUUGUAUUUGUUGUUGAUACGAUUACGUGAAUAUUUUUGUUGAAAGUUUCGUCAGGUUGGGCCAAAAAUGUUCUCACGCUCCCGAAGUGUCGGGCCGGUGAUGUGCCGUUGCUACACCCAAAUCAAGGGCGGCUCCAAUCCAGCAGGCCGCAGCAGUGGAGCAGGCGCUCCUCAGCCCACUACCAAAGUAACUGGCCUGAGCAGCAACUGCGUAAAACCGUCAUCAUCUCCAGUGGGUCCAGGCGCUUCAGCAUCCGGCGGCUACAAAGUUCCCGAAUACUUCUCCUUCAACCGAUUCAGCUUUGCCGAAGCGGAGGUGGAAAUGGCCAAGUUCCGCUGCCCCCAGCCAUCUGCGCUGACGAAGUAGUGGAGUGGAGUGGAGUAUUCUAAGGACAUUGCGAAGCCAAAUGUAGUAAAUGUAUCAUAAACGGAACCCAGCCUCAAUAUCAGGCUAAGGCCUGAA